AUGACGAUCAAGGCAGAAUGCGAAGUACCACCUGACCUCCUUGCCCACGUGGUGCUCUACAACCCACCGCAAUCGUUUACCAAAAUCGGGGCCGAGAUAAUACACACUUUUGUAACGCCAUCUCGUGGAAACCGAGUGUCCUUCACCGAGAUUAGGCCGUUGGGCGGGGAUACGAAUGAGGAUGACUGCGUGUUUGAUGGUUAUCUCGGAUCGAUCGAGGAUGCGUUGGACUCGAAACGAUUUGUGGAUAAAUUCACAUGUGACGGCCGUACCACGAUCCCUGAACUAUUGUGGAGCAACACCAUCGCGACUCUUCGUUUCGGCAAAGCCAUCUUCGACAUCACGUGCACGACCAAGCCGUUUCACUUCAAUUAUUUGUUACUAAGGAACAGUACCAAUGGCAUCGACACAAGGUAUACAGACGAGCUCAGUUAUGGCUACCCGUCGACGACGGGCCCGGCUGUCGGAACGUUUCGCUACAGCUACUGGUUUGAGCGCGACCCGCUGAUUCACUUCUUUCUUACCGUCGAAAACAUAACGCAAGGAAUCCUGAGCUACUCAAUGUACUACCUCAACGAUGAUGGGGAAUUUGAUAGCUUGGUGUUGAGCUUCACCGAAAGUCAAACCUGGCCCUUUUGCAGCUCUAGGCUAUACCGGAUCGAGACGACGUGGAUCCCCUCGGUUGUGAGCGCCAGGUUACGGACCCGGCUGGAGUGGCACCGUCAGGCUGAUCCGAUGCGAAGAUGUACAGAAAUCAUCCCGAGACCGUCGACUACUGCCCUGGCGAUGAGCACGACACCUGGCGUCGUUCGCACUCCUGGGAUUGGUGCAAACUUCGGCUUGAUCGUUAUCAUAGUUGGAAGCGUACUGGGGACAAUAUGUCUUCUAAUCGGUCUUGUUUUGCUCAUUAGAUGGCGAAGGAAGCGACUCAUCGAAUUCGAGCAGGACAUCGCUCGCCAAAUAGCGCGACUUCUUGAAAAGCACGACCCUCGAUGGUAUCUUGGGUAUGGCGACUUCUCACGCAUACUUAUCCCAAUU